GAAUAGUAAUUGACCUUAGAUCGCCGGGUGGAAAGCAUCAAAAUAUUGCAAGGGCAGAUACUAUUUACGUGAACAGUAACUGCCCUUGUCUUCCCUUCCCUUUUGCCAUAGCAAAUGGGUGGAAAUGCUAUUAUAUAUCUAUCGAUCAAGAAAGACAGACACAGAGAGAGAGAGAGAGAGAGGUAAAUGGAGAAUCCGAAACACUUUGUUUUGGUUCAUGGAAUUUGCCAUGGAGCAUGGUCCUGGUACAAGCUUGUCACUCUCCUCCGGCAUGCCGGUCACCGUGUCACUGCCUUGGACCUUGGUGCUUCUGGGAUCAACUCCAAGCAGCUACAUGAGAUCACUUCCGUUUGGAACUAUGUCCAGCCAUUGAUGGAGUUCAUGGCUUCUAUUUCCCACGAGGAGAGGGUCAUAUUGGUUGGCCAUAGUUAUGGCGGCGCUUCCGCACAACAUCUGGCCAUGGAGAGAUUCCCUCAGAAGGUUUUGGCUGCGGUUUUUGUCACAGCCUAUAUGCCUCAUUACAAUUCUCCCCCUGGAGUUCUCAUACAAGAAUACUUCAAAGGGACCCCAGUUGAAUCAUUAUUGGAUUGUGAGCUUAAGUUCGGCCAAAACCAGGAAAAUCCACUAACCUCAGUUGUCUUUGGUCCACAAUACAUGGCAGAAAAAUUGUUCCAGAAGUGCAAACCAGAGGAUCUGGAAUUAGCUAAAAUGUUGGUAAGGCCAUCCGGGUUGUUCUUGGAAGACUUCAUGACCAAAGAGUGCCAGCUAACAGAACCGAAGUUCGGGUCAGUAACUAGGGUUUUCGUAGUGUGCGAAGGAGAUGAAGUUGUCAAAGAAGAAUUUCAACGGUGGAUGAUUGAGAAUGGUCCGACUGCACAAGUGAUACUGAUUAGAGAAGCUGGUCAUAUGGUCAUGCUCUCAAAGCCCGAACAACUUUGUGGAUGCUUAUGUGAAGUGGCUGAGAAAAUAUCGUAAUGCUUGUUUUAAACCUUUUAAUAAAUCCAAAAUCUGUUGGCUUUGUGGCCAGAGACUAGUUUGCAACUUUGUUUUUUGGCGAGUAGUGCCAAGCUAUACUAUACCUAUAAUCAUGUGGGUGCCGCCCCCCAGCUGGCAAGUAUGUUAAAAUUUUCCAUUUAAGGGUUAUGGAAGUCGGUAAGAAAAGUUAAAAUGGGAAUUGCAUCUGCUUUAGUUGUUUUGAUACAAGUGAUACUAGCGGAGGUGGGAUUUGAAAACAUGAUCUCGGGUGCAAAGGGUAAUUGCUUUUAACUUAGCUACAAAUUCAUAGUUGAUAGGGCACAAGUUGUUGGGUGGCCUCUCCAAUAGCAUGAUAAUGCUUUAGCCACCACCCGGAAGAAGAAUGAUGAAGUGAUGGAAAACCUUAUCGUGAAAAGAACUGUGUGGUGGACAAAAUAUAUUAGCUAUGUUGUAUUGGAGUUGAAGUUUGUAUUGUCUAUCUGUUUCCCAUCUUAUUUAAGAAGAGGAUGU